ACUCACAAGACAGGAGAGAAAUGACUUCACCAACUUUGCUUCAUGGGACCAUUUUUGUGACAAUUUAUGGGAUUGAUAAGCUACACACUGGAUUUGGAUUUGCUUCGGCUGAAAAGUGGGGCAAAAAGGUUUUAUAUCAAGUCAAGAAAAUAGUAUGCGGGCCUGAGGUUUUUAGUUCUCAACUGUAUGCAACUGUUGAUUUAGACAAGGCAAGGUUGGGGAGGACGAGAGUGCUGAAAUCUCUAUCCUCGAAACCCCAAUGGAAUGAGUUUUUUCGCAUAUACUGUGCCCAUUUGACCUCAAGCGUUGUAUUUUCAAUAAAAAAUGACAAUCCUAUUGGAGCAACACUUUUUGGAAGAGCUCAUGUACCGGCUGAGGAUCUUGUCAGGGCGAAUACAGUGGACAGAUGGGUUCCAAUUGUUGACGAAGAUUUUAAUCCUAUAUUAGGAGGCUCCAAAAUUCAUGUUAAGUUGGAAUAUGUUGAUGUUGCUAAGGAGAAUUACUGGUCUCAAGGAAUUGGAAGUCCUCACUAUGGGGGAGUUCUUUCAACGUUCUUUAAUCAGCGACAGGGUUGCAUGGUUACUUUGUAUCAAGAUGCUCAUGUUCAAGAAGAAUUCAGGCCUCCAAUCCUUCUAUCUGGCGGAAUCCAAUACGAAUUUCCCAGAUGUUGGGAGGACAUCUUCUAUGCAAUCAAUAAUGCCAAGCAUUUGAUUUAUAUAACUGGCUGGUCUGUGUAUGUUGAAAUAACUCUGAUAAGGGAUGGGGAGGAGAGACCGAAAAUCAAGCUUGGGGAUUUGCUGAAGAAGAAAGCCAAUGAAGGUGUGACAGUUUUGAUGCUUGUUUGGGAUGACAGGUCUUCAGUUGGAGAUUUAAAGAAGGAUGGUUUGAUGGCAACUCAUGACCAAGAAACAGCAGAUUAUUUUCGCAACACAAAUGUUAAAUGUGUAUUGUGCCCUCGUGAUGCUGGCGGGAAUAGAAAUAAAAUUCAAGGUUAUGAAAUAGCGACCCUAUUUACUCACCAUCAAAAGACUUUGGUCGUUGACAGCGAAAUUCCCGGGGGAGCAUCACAAAAGAGAAGGAUUGUGAGUUUUGUUGGUGGCAUUGAUCUUUGUGAUGGGAGAUAUGAUAUACAAACACAUCCCCUUUUCGCGACCUUGCAAACCAACUCAUUGCACCAUGAGGAUUUCCACCAGCCCAACUUUCCAGGUUCUUCUAUAAAGAAAGGCGGUCCAAGAGAGCCGUGGCAUGACAUUCAUUGUAAACUAGAAGGUCCCGUUGCAUGGGAUGUGUUAUUCAAUUUUGAGCAAAGGUGGAAAAAGCAGGCUGACGCCAAGUUUCUGAUUCCCAAGGAGAGGUUUGACGAAAUCAUAAUCCAUCCAACUUCAUUAAGUAUGGCAUCAAAUCCCGAAUCAUGGAAUGUCCAGCUAUUUCGAUCUAUCGAUGGUGGUGCUGCUUAUGGUUUCCCCACUAAUGUUCAAGAAGCAUACAAAGUUGGCCUUGUUACAGGGAAAGGUCGAGUGAUUGAUAGAAGCAUUCAAGAUGCAUACAUCAAUGCCAUUCGUCGAGCAAAGAACUUUAUUUACAUUGAAAACCAAUAUUUUUUGGGAAGCUCGUACAGUUGGCUUUCAAAAGAUAUAAAAGUUGAAGAUAUCGCUGCUUUACAUCUCAUACCAAAGGAGCUUUCUCUGAAGAUUGUUAGCAAGAUAGAUGCAGGGGAGAGAUUUGCUGUGUACAUUGUGAUUCCAAUGUGGCCCGAAGGAAUACCUGAGAGUGGUUCUGUGCAGGCAAUAUUAGAUUGGCAAAGAAGAACAAUUGAAAUGAUGUAUUAUGAUAUUGCUCAAGCCCUUAAAAAGAGAAGACUUAAUGCACAUCCCAAAGAGUAUUUAUCAUUCUUUUGCCUUGGAAAUCGUGAGAAAAGAAUGCCGGAAGAAUAUGUACCUCCAGAGACACCAGAGCCAGGUAGUGAUUAUCAGAGAGCUCAACAGGCUCGGCGUUUCAUGAUCUACGUUCAUGCAAAAGUGAUGAUAGUUGAUGAUGAAUACAUAAUCAUUGGAUCUGCCAAUAUCAAUCAGAGGUCAAUGGACGGUGGAAGAGACACAGAGAUCGCAAUGGGAGCCUUUCAGCCACGUCAUUUAACGACUCCUUAUAAACCAGCCAGGGGUCAAACAUAUGGAUUCAGAAUGGCAUUAUGGUACGAGCACCUUGGAUUAUUGCACAAUUCAUUCAACCAUCCUGAAAGUUUGCAAUGCAUUCAAACAGUGAACCAAUUCGCCACUGAUCUUUGGGGAUUGUACAACAGCAAUACCCUUGAUGAUAAUCUUCCAGGUCACCUAUUACCUUAUCCCAUUGAAGUUACCAACGAUGGUGUUGUGAAAACUAUUCCAGGAUUUGAAAUUUUCCCUGACACCAAGGCUCAUGUGUUUGGCAACAAAUCAGAAUACCUUCCCCCUAUUCUCACCACUUAGAUCUAUUGAUGUAAUAUGACAACACUUCUUCAUGUAAUCCCACAU